UAUUAAUGAUAACUAGGAUAUAUUAGAAAAUGAGCAAGUUCAUAAUGAUAACGAGGAUAGUGAGUUUGAAAAUUGGGUUGUGAUUUGGGAUAAAAUAAGAAAUUUAGCUACCAUCAAAAAUUUUCCUUUCUUUCUCAUCCCUUCCUUUCCCUUCCCUUCCUUUACUAAAAAAAAUACCAAACACACUGUUAAUUCAAUUUCUCUAUCCAAUUCAGUUCCAUUUUUCUCUUCAAUUUAAUUGAAUUGUGUUCAGUUUCUUUCCGUUCGAAAGAGCCGGCCUCAAUUGUUUAUUUGUUUGAUUGUAACAGAAUUUUACUCAUCCGCGAUAGGUAGUAGGCAAAGCUGAAUUCACAAAACCCACACAAAGCCACUCAAGAAAACAACCAUUUCCAAACAAAAUUUGACUAGAUCCUCCAAAAUCCAACUAAAAUCAACCAAACCUUUAAACUCAUCCCAAAAUCAAUGGCGUCAAACCUGAUACGAAAUUCAUUGAAAGCAAUCAACUCACAAACCCUACGAACCCUAACCAGUCAUCGCCGUCCUUUCAGCGUGGCAGCUGCCGAAACUGAAGAAUCCGACGAUUUCACCUUCUCAUCUGACGGCGCAGCAGAUGACACCAUACACUUGAAGUCGUCAGCAAAGACGUCGUCAUCUGUGUCGAUGCCAAUGUCGUUCAUGACUGGGUCAAUAGUAGGAAAGAGAUUCUACAAGAAGGUGACUACAAGAGAAGCCGAUGAUGGAAAUGGUUGGAGUGUUAUGUUGGAUUAUCGAACUCUUAAAUCACCUUCAAAACGCUCUCUUACUCCCACUCUCUCUCUUGCUAAGGCCAUUGCUGCUGAGUGGGAUUUUCAGCAAACAGAUGGAAUUAGACCCUUCACUAUGCCACUCAUGAAGCUUGCUUGCACUGCAUUAGAACGAGUUCCUUUAACCCGACCCAAAAUUAUCAACAAUUUAAUGAGCAAAUUCAAUCAAGACUUGGUUUUUUGUCGAGCUCCCAGUGACAAUGUACUCACCACCGGUGUCUAUGAACGGCAAGUUGAGAAGAUAGAUCCUCUACUUAAGUGGGUGGAGUCUGAAUUUGGCUACCAGCCUCUAGUGUAUACCAGUUUUUUUGGUGGUAAACAGGAUGAAGGUCUUGUAAAAGCCAUGGAAAGUCUAUUGAAGAAAGCAGAUGACUACGAACUAGCAACUAGUGCAUUGACAUCAGCAUCACACUCUUUAAUCAUUUCCAUUGCUGUAGUUUGCGGUAGAUUGCAAAUUGAGGAGGCCGUUGAGUUGAUUAGGCUUGAAGAAGAUCUGCAGGUGGACAAGUGGGUCUUGUUAGGUGGUCAUGAUGUUGAUCUCGCAGAUCUGAAGGUGCAGAUUGCGUCAGCCGCGGUGUUUUGGGGCUGUCGAGGGUAUAGUAUUAACAUUCCGAACUUUUUAAUGCAUCGGUUGAUUGUGCACUCUUCGUUUUUUGUAUGCUCCAUUUUGGGUGGUAUUACGUGCGACAACCACGUGCUGGAGCUUUUUGUAAACAUGUUGUAGCCUUUGCGAAAUUCGCAAGAGCAAUAAUAAUCUGCUUCAGAAUUUUUGCUAUUUAA